GCGUGGGGGGGGCGAGCAGCUUAUUGCUGGAGUGCGGCUGUCGGGGGAAAGCUGAACUGUUGCAAAGACCCCGUCCUGUCCCCCCAGGCAGCGCUGCCUGCGUCAGGCUCUCUCUAAAGCCUGCUUUCCCUUUAAGCAGCCUGGGCCCUGCCAGCUGGCUGGAUCCCCGGGGAAGGCGGCUACAUCUCGGCUCUGGGCACCUAGCGGCUGUAUCACUACUGCUCUGGAGCUCCUGGCUGGAAGUGGGGGGCUUUCCCUCCGGCUGGGAGGCACCUGGCUGGGUCUCUGCACAGCGGUGUGGGGCAAAGUCCCCGGAUACAGAGCAGCUCUCUUCUCCCACGAGUCCAGGAAGCCUCUUCUGCUCCCGAGCGUGGAAUCUCCGGGGACUUGGGAUCCAGGGAUCUGCUCCCAACACUCCUGCAAGGUCAGCAGGUCUUCCUGAGCAGCGCUGCACCCCCGCUGGUGUGCCUGGGCUGUGCGGCCCCAUGGCCCUGUACCGCAUCCGGCAGUACGAGGACGGUGACUACGAGGCCGUGCGCACCAUGUUCGGACGUGGGAUUAAGGAGCACGCUCCUGCUGGCUACAUCCACGUGUUGAAGCGUCCCCAGGCCCAGCUGCUCUUCCUGGGCCUGUUCCUGGCGGUGCUCGCGGCCUUCGGGUCCCUCCUGGUCUCCCUCCUGGCUCUCCUGCUCGCUCUCACCGGGGGCUGGUUUUUCAUCCGGUCUCUCUGGACCGAUUAUGUCCAGCAGUCUCUUCGCAACGACCUACUGGACAUCCGGAGAACCUACGUGGAGGCAGCAGACUCUUGUCUCUGGGUGGCAGAGGCUGAGGGGGCGGUGGUGGGCAUGGUGGGGGCCGUCCUACCCGAGGACCCGUCAGAAAGGGGGCACGCCCUGGAACUGAAGCGUAUGUCUGUGGGGAAGGAGCACCGGGGCCGGGGCAUUGCCAGGGCGCUCUGCAGGACGGUCAUCCGUUUCGCCCAGGAACGCGGGUACAGUGCGGUCGUGCUGUCCACCUCCAUGGUUCAGUACUCGGCCCAGCAGCUGUACGAGAGCAUGGGCUUCCGGAGGGUCUCGCAGAGGUCCCCAUCGCGCCUCGCCAGCUUCCUGCAGUUCUCCGUCUUCUAUUACCGAUACGAGAUUCCAGGGUCUCGCUGAAGGCUCAGGGGUGGCGAUUCUUCCCCUGCCUGCUCAGCCGCUGGGAGCUUUGUCUGGCUUGUUAAUUAACCCCCAGCAAGUUGCUACUUUUUUACCUUUUGGGUUAAAAAAUAAACAGAGCUUGGAGGAAAAGUC